UACUGUACUUCUCUGUAGGAUCAUCAAUUUGACAGGAAAACAUGACCGGUGCUAUAAAGGUUUUCCUCAUAUGCUGUCUAUUUCAAGGUAGCUCAUGCCAACACUGGGCAGUCUUCAUGCCUCAGACAGUAGAGGUACUAAGUGGAUCCUGUGUGAUGGUCCCCUGCACCUUCAGCUUGCCCGUAGGUUUGGAUCAACACCUGGAUGAUUCCUGUGGAGUCAUUUGGAUGAGAGGCUGGAGUGCAAUUAAGGUGUUUGACUCCAGUCUCUCUGGAGAACAAGCAAGCUUAAAUAGCAUCCAAGGAAACCUAACGGGCAUCUUGCGCGAGAAGGAUUGCACCAUCAUCUUCGACAACCUGCCGUUGGAAUAUUACGACAAAUAUUACCUCAGACUGCAGUGUGACAAUCUGAAGUUCAACUUUCCAACUAGCAUCCUUAUCAUCACUAAAAAUUUCAUGCCUAAACCUACCAUAACUCCAUCCAGGCUGGUAGUAGAAGAAGGAACUUCAGUGAGGUUGAACUGCGAGGCUGUAGCCCACUGCCCCAUUCUUCCCCCAGCUCUGACUUGGACCCCCACUAUAGGUGACAUUGAGGAAAACAAUGAAACUAAAUCGGUGACCUCUGUAAUGAACUUCACAGCGUCUUACCUCCACGAUGGACAGAGGUUCUCGUGCACUUCUCUCUACAACCGACAAGCUGGCAACAGUGACCUUCUGUAUGAAAACAGUUUGACCCUCAGUGUUCUUUAUCCUCCAAAUAACACAUCGGUCAGCUACUCCACUCCUGUCAUAGAGGGCAGCUCAGUGACCCUGACAUGCAACACCAACGCAAAUCCAGCUGUGGACAGUUACACCUGGUACAAAGUGGAUGGAGAUCAGGUGACAGAAGUGGGUUCCAAAAAAAGGCUUUCAAUGAUGGUCUCAGAAGUGGACAGCAAAUUCUACUGCCGUGUCAGUAACAGAUAUGGAAAGCAGGACUCAUUCAGCACUCAGAUAGACGUACAAUUUCCACCAAAGGAAACCACAGUAAACAUUAACCCAGAUGGUCCCAUACUGGAGGGCAGCUCUGUUUCUCUGCUCUGUAGGAGCCGUGCAAACCCACCCGUGACCAAGUACACCUGGUUCAAAGAUGACAAAGAGGAUAAGGAGUCUCAAUCCAGCUUGGUUAUAAACGGUGUGGACCGGAGUCACAGUGGUGACUACCGCUGUGUGGCAAUAAACGAGCUGGGAGAGGAAGUUUCUGAACCGACUCAGCUGGACGUCCAGUAUCCCCCUAAGAACACCUCAGUGUCAGUUGACCCCUCUGGUCCAGUGCUGGACGGUAGCUCCGUUACACUGACCUGCGCAAGCAUCGCCAAUCCAGCAGCAGUUAACAUCACCUGGUUCAGAGUGACUGGAAGAGAAAAGGAGGUGAUGGGCUCUGACCGAGACUUCACUUUCAAUGUGACCAAACUCUCGGACGAUCAGUACUACUGUGAAGCUCUGAAUGUCCUCGGAGCUGAAUACUCAGAGCUCGCAAGUAUUAAUGUCACAUUUGCUCCAGAGAUUCUGCAUUCUUCACGCUGUGUCAAGAUUUUAUCCUUGAUCCGAUGUUCCUGCGACAGCCAGGGGAACCCACCUCCCUCCGUGAUUUGGGAAUUGUCUGGGGAGGCUGUCAAUCACUCUGCCGCCAUCCCAAUCAUGGAAGUUCCACUUGGGAGUGUGGGUAUGAGGAGCCUAAUCAACCUGUACCAUCUGGACAAAGGCAUGCCCUCUCUAGUCUGCCUCAGCAUCAACUCACUGGGCUCUGAUAGUUUUGUAUUCAACGUGUCCUCCAGUGAAACUCAGCUAGGCCUCCGUGCUUUGUCUAUUUUAUUCGUCUCUUCAGUGGGAGCACUGGCGAUGCUGCUGUUGUGCGUCCUGCUGUUGCUAUUCUUUUGCAGGGAAAGGAAAGGAAGACUUCCACCCAACAAGGAAUUGGUGGACACUUCCAACUUAUUAGUUGCUUAUGGGACCAACUCAUCAAAAGCGGUUAUAAUUAAUGCCAAGCUUGGGGAAGAGGAGAUCAGAGGCCUGGACUCCAAGACGGCUGAGUGCUCUGAGAUCCUUCUGCACUCUAGAGGAAGCAAUGACGGAGACGCAAAGGAAGAAGAGACAGUUCCAGACACCCAUUUGGAAAAAGGGAAAUCCCUGAUGGACUCGUAGGACAGGUCAGUGAAAGGGUUAUAGCUUAACUUUAAAGGAAAUGAUAUCCGAAAGAAAGAAUUCUGGACUUCAAAGUAGAAGGGCUUUAUCAUGUCAGCAAGGCUCGGUCUUCAGCAGUGGAGAUAGAAACUUCACUGCAGGCAACCUUAUUUAACAUGAUUUUUGUCACACUCUUUUGGCUUUAAGUUAAGCUCUCAACUAUUGUCACUAUAACUCAUUUUCUUGUGUCUCUUUACUGAAAAAUGCUGAGCAGAACCACCAUAAAAAUGAAAACAAAAAGUAGGUAGUUACCCCCUAAUCAACCAGUAAAUGUUCCCUUUUAAACCCAUGACAUUUAUUGUUCUAUGUUAUUCACUACUAUAGAUGAAUGACGUCACAUUUGUAUGCAACUGUUUAUAUUUAAUAUUUCAAUUCAAAAGUUUGUCUUAGAGUACUGUUGAUUUGUUAUUUAAAACAUAUGUGGAGAGUGAAAGAGUUUGUUACACUUUUGUACUUGUUUUUUUGUUUAAAUCGCUAAAUGUUUUUGCUUGUUCAUGAAAAAAAAAAGAAAGCUGUUCUUCAUGCACUUAGGUUGGCAGAUAUACAAGAGCCGAAUUCAAAGUCGGUAAUGCUAUGGAGCAUUAAGCAUAUAGCACAUUGUUUUAACAUGCGUAUUUCAGAAACAAGCCUCUGUAACAUUAAAGCCAUGUCAUCUUGU